CCCAAGAACCUCACUCAAGGCAAUCAAAGUUUCUCUUGCAAUAUACAUACAAACACUUCUCUCUCAAAGUUUACAAGACAGUCAUCAUUUUCCUUCCAACCAAACACUCUUCAACACCUUAAACAUUGUCAUACCCCAUUUGAUCCUAUCAAAACAUAACAUCUUUUUCUCUCACCUUUGUUCCAAAUUUCAAACAUGGCACCUAAUAUUACCAGCAGCAGAGCUGCCACUGUCACCUCCAGGGUCCGGGCUCUGACCAAGGCUCCCACCCCUCCCGAAAGGGCUUACGCUACGUUCUUGGCAGGUAACGGUGACUACGUCAAGGGUGUAGUGGGGCUAGCCAAGGGUCUAAGGAAAGUCAAGAGCAAGUACCCACUCGUGGUGGCGGUCUUGCCGGACGUGCCAGAGGAUCACAGAAAGAUUCUGGUGGCUCAAGGGUGCAUAGUCAAGGAGAUCGAACCCGUCCUCCCACCUGAGAACCAGACCCAGUUUGCCAUGGCCUACUACGUCAUCAACUAUUCCAAGCUACGUAUAUGGAAGUUUGUGGAGUAUUCCAAGAUGAUAUACUUGGAUGGAGACAUUCAAGUGUUUGACAACAUAGAUCACUUGUUUGACAUGGAAGAUGGUUACUUUUAUGCUGUGAUGGAUUGUUUCUGUGAGAAAACAUGGAGCCACACCCCACAGUACAAGAUAGGUUACUGCCAGCAGUGUCGUAACAAGGUGGAGUGGCCUGCUCACUUGGGUCCUAAACCCCCUCUUUACUUCAACGCUGGAAUGUUUGUAUAUGAACCCAACCUUUCUACUUAUUAUCAACUCUUGGCCACUCUCAAAGUUACCCCUCCUACACCUUUUGCUGAACAGGAUUAUCUGAACAAGUUCUUUAGGGACAUAUACAGGCCCAUCCCACCAAUUUACAACCUGGUGAUGGCCAUGCUAUGGCGUCACCCGGAAAACGUUGAUGCAGAAAAAGCCAAGGUGGUUCACUACUGUGCAGCUGGGUCCAAGCCAUGGAGAUUUACUGGGAAAGAAGAGAACAUGGAUAGGGAAGAUAUUAAGAAGCUGGUGACCAAAUGGUGGGACAUUUACAAUGAUGCGUCGCUCGACUACAAUCUUGGUGAAGCAGAAGAAGCAGAGGAGGAUGAACAAAGAGGGAUUGAACAAUUUUUGGCAGCACUGUCGGAAGCUGGCGUUGUUCACUAUAUCAGCGCCCCAUCCGCUGCAUGAAGUUUGUGGCCAACGGUGGCGAUAUAUAUGAUCAUGUAUAAAUAUAUCUUAAAGUUUAAAACAAGAGUCUAGCAUUGUAAAUGUGUUUUAUGUAAGGGUUUUUUUUUUUCGGCUUACUAGUUGCUUUCUUCUG